AUGCCCCAUAGCUCCAAGCAAGGUUACCAGAUUUCAGCCCUGCAGCUCCUUGAUGCCGACAUCUCCAAGCUCUCUGCGCAUCUCUGCGCCCUCUGCGCCUGCCAGGAGCUGGUGCUGGACCUGAAUUCCAACCAGCUUGGCAAGGAAGGGGCGGCCGCCCUGGCGCAGGCCCUGGAGCGGCUGGGCGACGCCGGCGCGCUGCGGCGCCUCACGCUGAUGCUCCGCAUAAACGGCAUCG